AUGUUAGAUCUGAAACAGGCUCUGGCCUGGGGUUCAGGAUGGAACAUUAAUAGACGGCAGGGCAAUGAGAGGCAUGCUAAGGUGGUUCCAGAACUGCACGUAAACAGAAGAGAUGAAACAGCUGAGGGAGAAACGACAGAAACAGCGAGGGGAAAGAAGUCACCGUUAACCAAGCCGCCGAAACCAGACUCACUGACUUCCUGGCACCCCUCUCUCAGUUAUUUCAGGUGCUGGAGUUGCUGUCAUAUCGUUGAAGGGUGCUCCUGCCUUCCUUGGAAGAACAUAAGCACAUUUAAAGUCAGACAAGAGUCCCCAAAGCAAAAUGAAGGGAUGACUUCAGCUCCUACGCAGGACAAUGCUGACCAGAUCUACACAGAGGAGUUAUGCUACAUCCUCGUUGACCACAAGGCCCUCGGAGGAAGGCCAUCAGACAGUUCUGCUGAGGGGUUCUAUGAGAACGUCUCUAGCAAGGCUGAGAGACACAGAGAGUCUUCAAGAGAAAUAGAGACAGAGUAUUCGGUUCUCCGUUUCUCUUCCACCCCUCAGCCGCCACCUCCCGCAGAAGGGGAAUACGAACUUCUUGUGCCCAGCAGACUCUCCUUCCAUGCCCGUCAACAGCCACAGCCACUUAGAGCCCCCUUUGAGACUCACUUUUCUCAUCUACAGUGAGUGACUAGGCUAGAGUCUGUUCAGCACUGACAGACAAAAGUAGGAGUUGGGGACUCUGUUGGAUGACAGAUAAAAGUAGGGCUUGGGGACUCCAGUUGAAGCAGGCAUGGGGCACAGAGAUCCUUAGCUUAGUUCUUCUGGAGGACCUUGGAAGAGCAGACUUUGCAGACCACAGAGCCUUUUAGAGUCUGACAAUAAUCAACGCUCAAAAAUUAGUCAAUUGUCUUGGAUGUCGCAUUGUUUAAAAAAAAAAAAAGAGUGGCCACCUUUGCUUUUAAGUGGUUAAAAAAAUACUCUGUGGUAGGAAGGGCUCCCCAUAUCUGCAUCUGGUGUACCACAAAAAGCUCUGCUCUUCUCACUAAGUUCUUAUGAAUUAUCCCCACAACUGUUUUCUGAAGGUGGGUAAGCUUACUCAUCAGGUUACAUGUCCCCAGGGGGAAUUCCCUCAUCACUGUGCAAUCCCACCUCAGCACCACUUGGACAGGACAACCUGCAAUAUUCCUUUACUCCAUGGGCUCAGGACAUGUCCUUCACUCAACGUCCUUUCUCUCAUUGUCGCAAUGGCUUAGAAUUUCCUGUACCAUUGUUAAUAUAAUUUUAAACUACAUUCUUCAAACUUUGACUUGCUCCUCAGAAUUGUCUUUCUCUUCCGGUGUAGGAAAUCGUUCCCAGAACUUCAUCCAUGAUAGGCAAGUGAUCUACCAUUAAGAGACAGCUCAAACCCCUCCACAUGGUUCUCAGUAGAAUCCAGCCUGGUCUACAGAGUGAGUUCCAGGAUAGCCAGGGCUACACAGAGAAACCCUGUCUCAUAAAACAAAACAAAAACAGCAACAACAAACCCUCAGUAGAAUCCCCACAGUGUGGGAGUGAUGAGUAGAAAGGCCACUGUAGAACCAUUAACUUCACUAUCUUCUUUUUGGACUGAGAGAAAACAAUUUGC